AUGUCUAUAACAAACAGUCAGUAUGGGUUUGUCAACACAGUUCGUGCUUCAACACGAUACAACACAUCAAAGGCUGACAAUAGACGAGAUGUGGUGAUGGCUAUAAACAAGCUGAAAUCAGAUCAAAUGGAUGUGGGAAUUGCCGUGCUCGAUUUUGAAACAUUUGAGUUUACAAUGAUUGAUUUCUGCGAUACCCUGUUGUUUGUAAGGACUGUUAAUCAAAUUGAUGUUCAUCAGCCCACAAUUGUUAUAGCCCCCCAUGGACCUAGUAUGCAGUUUGAGAAAUUAAAAUAUAUUCUUGCUUCAAAUCUUGACGAAACUGUGGAGCAAAAGUUGGCAAAACCGAAAUUGUUUGAUUCUGUCAGUGGUUUGGAUCUUCUCAAAGCCCAUCUGCAUUUGCAGGACUCUGAGUUACAGCUCCUGGUGAGUGAUUGUGCGUUGUCAAUUGGUGCUGCCAGUGCUCUAUUCACAUCCUGCUUAGAGUCAAAAUUACUCAAGCCUAACAACAGAGUCAGAAUCUCUAUUGCUGAAAAUGACAAGUUCAUGUUGAUCGAUUCGUGUGCGAUUAAAGACUUGGAACUCAUUUCAAGUCUCACUGGUAAAGGAACAACCUUGUUUUCAUUCUUGAACAGAUGCACCACCAAAAUGGGGCAAAGACUAUUACGAAGCUCAAUAAUUCAACCCUUGUUGAAUGUUGAUAGUAUCAAAUUGAGAUUGGAGUCGGUAACCGAGUUGCUUUCACAGGAAAAUAUUUUGCAGGCGACUAAGAAUAUUUUAAAGAACUCUCCUGACUUGGAUAGGCUCUUUGGAAGUUUUCUAAAUCCAGAGUCAAGCAUAAGUCAGGAACAAAUGAUAAACAAUAUACUUGCACUAAAAACGGCCCUUUUGUUGUGUGGGGAACUACUCAAUUGCUUGGAGCACACCGAGUCGCCAUUGUUAGCACAGGUGAAGGAAAUUUUGAAGCACGAAAAUAUCAACUCGUCCCUUCAAUUGAUUGACAAGUUUAUACACGAGGACUGCCGACUGGCUAAGACAUCCAUUGAAGUAGCCCAUCAGAGAGCUAAUGCGGUCAAGUCUGGUGUCAAUGGUUUGCUCGAUGUUUCUCGCAGUAUUCGAGAAUCAAUUUUAGAGCAAGUUGGUGAAUAUGUUCAAAAGUUAUCUGCCGAAAAUAGUGCCAUAGUUGAGUACAGACACGAUAAGUCAAGGGGCUUUUUUUUGAAAAUAAAGGGAACACCUUUUGAUAACCCUGAGUUUAUCAAUAUCAUUCAAAAAAAGAAUGGGUUUGAGUGUACCACCAUUGACCUAUUAAAGCAAAGUUCAAGAUUCAGUGAAAUAAUGGCAGAGAUCAACAAUAUAAGCAGCAUUAUCAUUCAAGAAUUGUACGACCAAAGUUGUGAUAAUACACCAAUUUUCUUUAUGAUUUCAGAAGCCGUUGCUACGGUCGACUUGUUUUGCAGCUUUGCCAGCUUUAUUGACUCGCAGACAAAGUCAUACAUAUGCCCUGAGUUUGGCAAUUAUAUCCAUGUUAAACAAUCACGACACCCCAUACUUGAAACUUCCAUCAAGGAUUUCGUCCCCAAUGACUACUCUUGUGUGCCUGAAAUAUCGAGGUUUCAAAUAAUCACUGGCGCCAACAUGAGUGGGAAAUCAGUGUACUUGAAACAAAUUGCAUAUAUUUUGAUCAUGGCACAAAUGGGGCUUUAUGUUCCUGCUGAUUAUGCUAAAAUCAAGAUCCACAAAAGCUUACUCUCAAGACUAUCCUCUGAUUCCAUGGAUUUGAAUGCAUCUUCAUUUUCAAAUGAAAUGACUGAAAUGUGUCGAAUUUUGAAAAACUCAGAACAAGCAAGUUUCAUCAUCAUUGAUGAAUUGGGGAGAGGUUCUAGUUUGAGAGAUGGAUUUUCCAUGUGUCUCGCUAUUCUUGAGCAUUUAACUACAACGGGGGCAACUGUGUUUACUACGACCCAUUUCAAAGAAAUUGCUGAGAUCUUGGGCAGCAAGUCCUGUGUCUUGGCCUCCCAUAUGGAAUCAAUUGAAGUCAAUGGAAAAUUGGAAUCCAAGUUCAAGUUGGAGCUGGGGAAAUUGGAAGUUGAGUGCUACGGAAUAAAGUACGCCGAGUCAUCACAAAUGUUACCAAAAGAGCUAUUAGAUGGGGCAAAAGCAAUUGCUGAAUUGUUGAAGCAACAGGUGAAGAAGUGCAACGAUUCACAUGCGAAAUUGGUGACCAAGCGUAAGAAGUUGGUGUUGGAGCUUUACUUUGCUUUGAACCAAAUGCGCACCUUGGAUUGCACCGUUUCUUAUAAGCUUGAUUUGUUGAGAACUUUGCAGGCAAAGUUUGUAGAAGAAAUCAAUGAUGUCUCCACUUGA